AUGGCUCAUAGCGCGCUCAAGGCACGUCGCCGCAGCGAUUACAAAUUUCAUCUGGAGUACCGGACAAGAUGGAGCGACAACGACAUGUACCACCACCUCAACAACAGCGUGUACUACUAUCUCUUCGACUCUGUCGUGAACACCUACCUGAUCGAAAAUUGUUCACUGCACCCACCGACAUCGUCUCAGAUUGGACUAGUCGUCCACUCCCAUUGCGACUAUUUUGCCCCCACUGAGUUUCCAGCUGUAGUCGAUCUCGCAUUGCGGGUGAAUAAGCUAGGCAAGAGCUCUGUAACGUAUGAAAUUGGUGUCUUCGAGCGCGGCGAAGAAGAAGUCAAGGCCGUUGGCGAGUUCAUCCAUGUCUUCGUUGGCCGCGAGAGCAGGAAACCGGGGGAGGCGGGCAUGGCCGAUGAGCUGAGAGAUGGCUUGCAGAAGAUCCAGGCCGACAAGGCGAAGCUGUAGCAAUGGAAUGGCCGCGCCUGCUCCAACUUCAUCAAGAUCCUCCACUUAGUGAAGUGUCAGUGGCACGCCAGCAUCGAUGAUGAGUCCAUCUCGAAUUGAGGCGCUCAGCCUCAGCAAAGUAUGUUAUUUUAAGCAAGGCCCACUUGC